AUGGUUGACAAUAAAGUGAAUAUGUCGUUAGGUGAGUUCUUCAUCGAGAUUCGAGAUUCUGGAAUGAUUUAUGAUAUCAUCAAAAAAGAACGAGCAGAUCGUAACAAACGUACUCCUGCAGCAAGGAGAGGUUUCGCGUCUAAAAGAGGUGCUGUUGGAGUCAAAAGAGGUGUUGGAAUGCGUCGCAAUAUCAGAGGUGGCAUGCGAGGAGCAUCGUCGUCGUCAUGGAAUAAUCGUACUAAACCUCAAACAUCUAUCAAUAAGAAUAAUACUAACAAUUCUCAAAGAUCUUUAAGAUCAUCUAACAAUAAUCUUAAUAAAGUGGCAACAAUGCGAAUGGUACAAAAGCUUGUUAAGAAAGCAAUAAACCAGCGUGCCAAUCAGACGAUUAUACAGCGUGCGGGAGUCAGCAACCAACGUAAUCGUCGUGCUAAUUUGCUGACAAGAAGACGCGUAAUUGGUGCACGCGUUCCAGUAUGUUAUAAACUAGAUUCAAAUCAAAUAUUAUAUAUAAUAUGA